AUGGCCGAAGUCGUAUUCGCAAGACAGUUCCUGGCGACCUUGGAGUCGCGCCCGGCGAAGCUAUCAGCCGAUCAUGUCGAGGAUCCCAAGAACUUCCCGGCUCGCCCUCCCUAUAUCCUGCCCAAGAUGCCCAAGGCCAUGAGCAAGCCCUCGAACCUCGCGCCUGGCCAGGAACGCAGCGUCAAUGUCACCCUCAAGUCCUUGCGCAACCCUCCCUUGGAUAUCAAGCUGUCCUCCCAGUCGCUCAACACUUCCAUCCUCGACAUCAAGACGGCGGUUGAGGCGGAGUCACGGAUACCUGUGGACAAAAUAAAGCUGCUGUUCAACAAGAAGCCGGUCCCGGACAGCAAGGUGUUGAAGGACUUGCUUACGGACGGACAGGCAUCUCUCGAGUUCUCCGUAAUGGUUAUUGGAGGAGCUGCUGCAGUCAAGCCUGAGCCUAGCGCUGCGGUUGCGCCCAACACUGCCGAGGAGGAUAUCGGAGAGGCAGCACUGGAGACGGACGAAUUUUGGAGCGAUCUCAAGGGCUUCUUGCUGCAAAGACUCAAGCACGAGCAAAAGGCGGAGGAGCUGUCAGGGCUGUGGCGCUCAACCUGGCAAGCACAGAAGAAGUCAUGA